GCGUCAUUGUUGUGGCUUUGCAACAGGGCCAAGCCAGGCGCUGCGGCUGUGUUUGCAGCAGUUUGACAGCGACAAGCCGGAGGGAUCCAGGGUUGAGGUGACAAACCUGCGACAGAGAUAUUGACAUGCAACGUCAACUCCAUCCUAAAGCUGACGACCACUUUUCGAUUCUGCAAAAUCUGAUCUGUUUUGCAACUGAAUAUCCGUAUCCGGUGGUUGUUUUGUUUCCGUCCUUUUAUCCUGUUUUUUUGGCCAUCCCAUCUCCACCAAACGAAAUACUUGACGUCGCACAUACAGCCUCGUUCCCAGUUGGUAGUCGUCAGCUUUUGAGUGCGAGCCCCAUCGAGUUCCCUGGGCAACCAAGCAUAAGGCGAGGGAGAAGCCAAGGAAACCUCCAGCUUGCGCAACCCCAGCUCUUUGUAUCUUCUGUGCAGUCGCAGCCCUAUCGUCUUCAGCACAAACACAACAAACUCCCCUCCGAAUUCCUUUUCGAAAAACCUUGGCCGGAAACCUUGAUCUUCUGACAGGCGGGAGGACGUGCGCAAGCGCAUAGCAACAUCAACACCAACCGACACCAGACGAACCCAAUCGAACCGAGCGCCGGACAGAGAGCCCCUCCAAAGAAAAAAAUGUGGGAAGACUUUGAGCUCGACGCCGAGCAAAUUCCGGCCUUUAAGCUCGCAUUCCACAUAGCACAGAUUGUCUUUGCGUUUGUACUAUGGUGCCUCGAGAUUGCUGUGUUCCGGGCCGAGAGCGCAAAGAUUGUGGGCAACAACGGGUGGACGUUCGCAGUGUUCUUCUUGUCGUUACCAGCAUGGAUCUACCUCAUCGGCGCCCCUCGUUUCCCACGAACCCGCAAGAUCGCCAACCCGACGGUGAUGGUCUUGGUCGACGUCAUCUUCACCAUCAUCUGGCUCUCUGCCUUUGCGACACAGGCAGCGUAUAACUCUUCUGGUCUUUGCGGAGAUGUUUGCGGUAUCAGCAAGGCCAUCGUCGCCAUGGGCGUAUUCGUCUUCCUCUUCUUCUGCGCCACCACCUUCCUAAGCAUCUGGACCCUGAAAUACUACCAAUGGAACAACCGCCUCCCCGGCUACGACCGCGGCGAUCGCGGCGCCGGCUCCGACAGCCAGAACAUCGACCCCGACAAAGCCGCCUUCUCCCUCGCCCCCCACGACGAGGAAGCCUACGCCCCGGUCAACAUCCACGACGCCGACGACGACGACAGACCCGCUCCCUACGGCGGUGCCAGAUCUGACUACUCCUCUGACCCCUACGGCGCCCCCAAGUCGGAUUACUCGGACCCGUACAGCAGCGCUGUUGGCGGUGGAGCGGCCAACGCGAGCACAAUCGGCAGCUCAUACCAGGACAACCCGUUCCGAAGGGGAGAGGCGAACGCGAACCCGUUUGAUGACGAUACCGAGUAUAACUCUGGACGGGUGUCGGCUAUGGGGAUGGGGGGUGCGUCUACGCUGGGAGGGUCGAUGAAUAGUAGGUAUCAGGCUCCGAGUGUGGGGACGUAUGAUGAAGAGGAGGAUAGGACGGGGCCGGCGAGGUUUCCGCAGGCGAAUUAUGAUCACCUUCAUCGGUGAUCAAUGAUGAAUAGAACUGAUGUUCAGUUACGAACGGGGGCUUGAUGGUCAGGGUGGAUAUGAAAAGCGAAACGUGCUUGGGGAGGUCAUCUUCAGCAAAAGUGCAGCGAAUGGCAUGUCAUGGCUUGAUGGGUUAAUUGGUGGGGAAGGGGUGUUUACUGUUUCUGAAUGAUUUUGUUUCCGGAGGGUGGAGUUUGUACAUUGGAGGCAUUUGGCUUUGCGUAUGGUUUUAUUAUACAAUGAUCACGAUAUACAAACCUCUCAUGAAAUGUCUUUAUGGUUCUGGCGUCAGGUGGAAGAGGGGGACUUGUUCACACGAAAAGGGAGGUAUCAUGUAGUUGAACAUGAGGAUGGUUUGUUGCAUGUCCUGGUUCUGAAUGUGCGAAUGGUGGCUUUGGUGGCUUUGUUUGAGCACGAGGCAUAAUUCCAGUUGUAGCCGUGAUGAAGGGUUUAAGGCGUAUAGAGGAGUUGCAGGGCAUUUCUCAAAUUGAUAUAUUGAAGAAUGGCAACGCAGA